UUCACUCUCACUCAACCUCUCUCAAGCCUCUCUCCACCGUUACCUCCUCUGUUUUCUUCCCUCACUCAAGCUCUCCGUCGCCGCCGGCCUUUGUAGCUCCCGUCGCUGCCGGUUACAGCUUCCGUUGCCGCCCACUGCAACUUCCGUCCCCGCCCGCCUCUCCUGUCGCAGGCCACCGUCGUCAUUGCAGUCUGCCGUCGCCGUCGCCGUCGCAGGGUUUGACCUUACAAGCGAGUGAAUUAUAGAAAGGGAAAGAGAAAAAAAGCUGAAAAGCAACAAUAAUGGUAUUCUCCAGUAGUAAUCCUCAUAGUAAGGAAAUCGCUAUCCGGAAGAGGAUUGCUAGCAUAUUCAACAAGAGAGAAGAUGAUUUCUCAUCCCUGAGAGAGUACAAUGAUUAUCUGGAAGAAGUGGAGGACAUGACUUUUAACUUGAUUGAAGGCAUAGAUGUUCAAGCCAUCGAAGCAAAAAUUGCUAGGUAUCAAGAAGAAAAUGCUGAACAAAUAAUGAUCAACCGAGCUCGCAAGGCUGAAGAAUAUGCUGCAGCCCUUGCAGCAAGCAAGGGAAUUCCUGCACAAGCAGAUAAUGAUGGGGGUGCGGACCAAAGUUUUCAAGCAGGAAUAGCCACAGGUGCACAAGGUCAAUACGCACCUACAUUUGCUGGAGGGCAGCCACGACCCACAGGCCAACCUGUGCCUCUGGGUGGUGGUCCUGACAUGCAGGGCUAUGGGCUUGACGAUGAGGAAAUGUUGAGGCUCAGAGCGGAGCGAGGUGGAAGGGCUGGCGGGUGGAGCGUAGAGUUCAGCAGGAAGCGUGCACUUGAAGAAGCGUUCGGAAGUAUUUGGAUAUGUUAAGUUCGUACUUCUCAGAAUGCAAUCUGAUUUUGGCACAUUGUGAAAAUCUUAGCUUGUAAAAGAAUGAGUUUGAAUAAUAACAUUGAUUAUUACUAGUAUUGAAUCACGAGAGAGCGCGAGACAUAAGAACUUCUUAGGAGAAGUAAUCAAUAUAUCAUUUGUAAUUUUAAGUCAGUUUUAAGUUGCAUGUAAUUUUGAAUUCAGACGAGGCUCUCUGUAAAUUAUUGUCCAGAGAGCACCAACAGGUUAAAAUAGGAGCUAUCAUUCGACCUUUACUGUAUAAUCAAACCCAUUCUGUGUACAA